UGAGAGAUUUAAUGCAGUUUCGUGUGCAACCAAACAGCCGAGCUUGGUGGCUAGCGAGAGAAAAUCAUCGAGAUUUUUGUAUCCUCGCCUUUCAGUCUUUUCAAUCCCGUAGGAAGUUAAAUCAGUCUCUGAAACUACCGCUCAUCUGCUUGCGGAAAGUGUACUGUGGAAUAAGGACGUUUUUAGGGGAGGGGGGGUUGAGCUGGCUAGCUGGCGUAGAAAAGGCAACCACGGCUACGCAGCGAGUAGGACGACCAGGGAGAGCCGGGAGGACCACGGCACAACCGCCGCUAACGCCACGGGGAGUCGGGGCCCGAGAGGGAGCCUGCCAGGCCCUCGGCUUGAUGCGCCCUGCCUGCUGCGCCUCAGCCGCACUCCGAGAUGGGGGAGACGAAAAUUAUUUACCACCUCGACGACCAGGAGACACCAUAUUUGGUGAAACUGUCUGUGCCAGCGGACAAAGUCACUUUGGCAGACUUCAAAAAUGUCCUGAAGAAACCAAAUUACAAAUUCUUCUUCAAAUCCAUGGACGAUGACUUCGGGGUGGUAAAAGAGGAAAUAUCUGACGACAACGCUAAGCUGCCCUGCUUUAAUGGACGUGUGGUGUCAUGGCUAGUCUCUGGAGAUGGCGCCCACACAGAUGCAGGUUCCGCAGGCUCAGUGGCAGACUUGGAGGCAGCACCCCCUUUGGAGAGGACAGGGGGAAUCGGAGACUCACGACCACCUUCUUACCAUGGGAAAGCAGCAAGCGGCCGGGACAGUUUGGACAACGACACUGAGACAGGCUCUGUAGUGUCGCAAAGAAGGGAGAGGGAGAAGCCCAGGCGAAAACACAGUGACCAUGGCGGAAGGCAGAAUGGUUACUCAUCACGGGCAGUGGGACGUGGAGUCGCAGAGUACGACAGCUGCUCUUCUUUCAUGAGCAGCGAGCUGGAGUCCACUUCCUGCUUUGAUUCAGACGAUGAUGAUGCUACCAGCAGGUUUAGUAGCUCCACAGAACAAAGCUCCUCUCGUUUAAUGAGACGACAUCGGCGCCGUCGGCGGAAACCCAAAGCCUCCAAUCUGGACAGAUCAUCAUCAUUCAGCAGCAUCACAGAUUCCACCAUGUCUCUCAACAUAAUCACGGUUACUCUCAACAUGGAGAAGUACAACUUCUUGGGCAUCAGCAUUGUGGGCCAAAGUAACGAGAGAGGAGACGGAGGAAUCUACAUUGGCUCCAUCAUGAAGGGUGGGGCAGUGGCUGCAGACGGACGUAUUGAGCCCGGGGACAUGCUGUUGCAGGUGAACGACAUCAACUUUGAGAACAUGAGCAAUGAUGAUGCAGUUCGAGUGCUGAGGGACAUUGUGCACAAGCCUGGUCCCAUAACUCUGACUGUUGCCAAAUGCUGGGAUCCAAACCCACGGAGCUGCUUUGCUCUGCCGAGAAGUGAGCCAAUUCGACCAAUUGAUCCUGCUGCGUGGGUGUCUCAUACCGCAGCAAUGACUGGGGUGUAUCCCCCUUACGGCAUGAGCCCCUCCAUGAGCACCGUCACCUCCACAAGCUCCUCCAUCAGCAGCUCCAUUCCAGAAACUGAACGUUUUGAUGACUUCCACCUCUCCAUUCACACUGACAUGGCAACGGUUGCUAAGGCCAUGGCAUGUCCAGAGUCAGGCCUGGAAGUGCGAGACAGGAUGUGGCUGAAGAUCACCAUCGCAAAUGCCUUUAUUGGUUCUGAUGUGGUGGACUGGCUCUUCCAUCACGUGGAAGGCUUUACAGACCGCAGAGAAGCCCGUAAAUACGCCAGCAACUUGCUGAAGGCUGGCUACAUCCGACAUACUGUCAACAAGAUCACCUUCUCUGAGCAGUGCUACUAUGUGUUUGGAGACCUGUGUGGCAAUAUGACCCACCUGUCUCUCCAUGACCAAGAUGGUUCAAGUGGGGGCGCCUCAGAUCAGGAUACCCUCCCUCCUCUGCCUCACCCCGGGGCAGCUCCGUGGCCUAUGCCUUUGCCCUACCAGUUCCCCAUCCCUCACCCAUAUGACCUGUCACAACCCUUCCAUGGUGGGCCAGCUGCUGGCAGUGCAGGAAGCCAGCACAGCGAAAGCAGCGGUUCGAACUGCAGCAAGAACGAAGGGCGGAAAUCUGGCGGCAGCGGGAGCGAACCUGAGAUCAGGAGCCACCGAGCUCCCAGCGAGCGCUCCGUGGCUCCCCCUAGCGAGCGAAGCGUCCGUAGCUCCUUGAGCCACCGCAGUGCCCACUCCCAUUCGUUAGCCUACGGGCAAGGCCUCAUCUACGGGCCGCCCGGCUUGCCCCCGCAGCCGCCACAUCUGCCUACGGCGGCCCCCGGCGCCCCGCCGGGCAGGGAACUGGCCUCGGCCCCCCCUGAGCUCACUGCGUCACGCCAGUCCUUGCGGAUGGCCGUGGGCAACGCUGGCGAGUUCUUUGUAGAUGUCAUGUGACUCGGGUUAGAGGGCGAUCGGUUGAGAGAGUAGCAGACUGGGUGUGAAGAUUGCAGCAGCUGUAUUUCAAGGCCUCGAUUCCUAAAAGCAUGGAUGCAAUCAGUCUUGUGUGUGCUGUGUGUGGAAAAAAACAUGUUCCUCCUCUUUUGUGCUUCUCUUCUGUAGUAGUUGUGGCCAUACUUUCUUCAGUGAAGAAAAAACACUUCCCCGCCCCUCACCCAAGAUGGAACCAAAGCGCCUGUCGGUUUCCGGCCCUCAGUGGGGAAGAGUUUGUGCAAGGACAAAGCCCGAGAGGGGAGGGAAUUGGUGGAAACAGACAGAUGGGGAGGAUGACUCAGCGCUUUUCUACGUGGAUGUUUUUCAUUUAUUUUUGUCUUCGCCCUUGCCUGCCUUCCCAACCCCCCCCUGCACAUGUCCAGGUCUUACCUCUAACAUGAACAAAGCUGUAUGAAACACUAAUCUUGUUCAGACUUAAAUAUUUGCUCGAGAAAGGAAAAAAAUGUUGUUCAAGAGAAUCACAGACCUUCUUAUUGUUGGAAUGUUGUUUUUUUUUUUAUCCUGUAUGUAGUUGAUCUGUGCUAAACAUGAGCCUCCCGCUUACAAAGUCAUUUGUACACCACAUAAGUACAUUUUCUUCUGAUAACCCCAGCAUUUUUAGUUUGUCCUGUUGCAAUGUAUAGUGAUACAAAUUCUUACCAUGUCUUUCACACUACUCUUUUAUCAAGGAAAUGCCUUUUUAUUUAUAAAUAUAGUUUUAUGACUUAACUUUAUGAGCCCGUGUUAGCUUUGUGUUUGCACAGCACAGAUUCACAAAUGGUUUAUUUUCUUACCUGAGGUCAAAUUAGCAUUGAACUCUUCCUUAAAAUUCCCUCACAUACACUGCUGAUCAAAAUCUUAAGACCAGUUGAAAACUGCUAGAGUUUGCAUUUUGCACAUUUGGAUCUUAAUGAGGUUUUAAGUAGAGCUACAAUAUGCAAAAACAAGAAGGGGGAGGGAGACAAAAAGCACUUUGAAAAAGUAUUUUAUUGAAAACAACAAUUAAACUGAAAUAGGCUGAUCAAAAGUUUAAGACCACAGGCUAUAAAAGCCAAAAUCUGCUCAAAAUGUUCAUUUUCUGUCAGGCAUUCACACUGUCAUGCCCUCCUGAUGGCUAAAGCUAAGAAGCUUUCUCUUUUUGAACGUAGUUAGAUUGUCAAGCUGCAUCAGCAAGGCCUCUCGCAGCGUGUCAUUGCUGGGUGCAGUAAAUCAGUCAUUCUACAUUUUUUGAAAGAUCCUGAGCAUUAUGGAACAAAAAAAUCAAGUGGUAGACCCCACCCCUAAAAAAAUCACACCUGCACCGAGCCGUAGGAUCCGAUUGGUUGUCCAUCAAGACACAGGGCGGUCUUCCACCCACAACAAGGCCCUUACUGGUGCCAACCGCAGCGCAAUAACCAUCACAUGGCAUCUGUGGGUUUAAAAAACAAAAAAUGAAUUCAAAGACCUCGUCUCCUUCAACGCCACAAAACUGCCCGUUUAGACUUUGCCAGGGAGCAUCAAACAUGGGACAAUGACAGGUGGAUACCUUCUUGUUUUUUGUAUUGUAGCUCUACUUAAAACCUCAUUAAGAUACAAAUGUGCAAAAUGCUAAUUCUAGCAAUUUUUCAACUGUUCUUAAGAUUUUGAUCAGCAGUGUAUUUGUCCUUUCAGGCUAAAAAUGCAUGCUUCUUAAAAAACGUUAUGUUUACCUUUAUUAAUAUUAAAAUGUUGUAUUUGUUUUUUCCACCGGGGGAAACCUCCCACUUCCUCAUCUGUGGUUUCCCAGUGGUCGAUUUUCUUUUUUUUUUUUCCAAGUCCGCAGUGGUCGCAAAA